AUGGAUCCCAGAUUCUCUGUUUCUCGUGAAGAUCUGUACAGUUUACAGAUGGAAGUGAAGCAAGUGCAAUACACCCAGAGCAAUCAUGCCGAACGACUUUUACGAUUGGAAAAGAAGCAGGCGGAUGAUGCCGCGCUGAAGUCUGUCUGGAACUCUCCUUUUCCUGGUGUCUUGAGUGGCACGCCUCAGACAGGACCUGUUUCUAUUCCACACAAUGACAUGUUUGAUGACUUGGAUGAGCAAGGUGAGGAACUUUUAGGGUCUCUUCAUCUUGGGCCAGCAGAAGAAGAGCCGGUUCGUCGAGGGGCUGCUUCACGGGCCAAUAGUGUUCGGUUCGAUGAGAGCGCUUUGCACGGAUCGAGCUGGGGUGGCCCGAGUAACCGUCACUCGGGAGACUUUGGACCUGUUCGCCCUGGAAGCGGCUUGAUGAUGGAGCGCUCGUUGUCUCACAAGUCGGAUGGACGACACAGUUCGGCCGGGCACUCGGUGCACUCUCACCACUCCGUUGCUUCUGGUCGAGCUAGCAGUCUGGGACUUGAUAACAACUUUGCAGUUGGCGAUGACGACGACGACUCGUUCGAUAUCCCUGGACCGCCUCCAGCACUAUUUGUCCUGGGUACAGUGCCCUCAGUUGUGCGAUGUUGGCUGACCCCUAACUUUGGUCAUUCAACACUCCUCUAUGCUGACGUCUGCAGUGGUUCGCAAAAGUCCACAGUUGAUUUUUCACUGCUGAGAGAGUUGGAUCUAGUGGACGAAAUUCAACGUGACGUCGACGGCAUCUAUCGUGUGAGGCUGAACUUUUACUUCCCGGAGGCUGUCGUCACACACCACGGAAGCCGCUCUAGCAGCCCCCGAGGCCCAGUUCCUUCAAUUACCGUGUUCUUUGAAGUUCCUGGAAUUACUGAACAGCCCACCCAGCCCGUGGAUCGCAAGGCAAUCCGCAUCUUCUUGGGUAGCGAUGCUCUGAGAGCUCAUUCUGCGGAUAUUCUCUUUUCUCAGAACACAAUGACCCUUCGCGGCGACGAGCGAGAGCGAAUUCAGGUUCCAUUUGUCCGCCCAGAAGAUGAAAAUGUGUUCCGCAAUCUCUGCACGACCAACGUCCUUCCCGAAAAGCCCAAGCUGAAUGCCAAUGCAGCCCCCUUCAUCUCGGGUGACUUCAGCCAGGCCAGUCAGGAGAGCAUCCCUGAUAUGGAAGCCCCUCACCAGGACUAUGAAGCUCGCAGCGAGAUGUCCCCACUGGCGACUGAAGCAGCUCUGACUAAGCGCCCUAGCUCAAGAGGUAGCCUGUCCGGUGCAGAGAGUGAAAGAUCUCGCAGGGCUACAGACGGCGAAGAGUUGGACAUCAAAGAAUCUGCUGCUGGACAUGCCGCAUCUGAAGCCCCUCGACGAGACGGACCCUCAGCCAUAUGGGGAUCUUGGCGUCAUGGCCCAGGCAACGGAGCAGAUGGCUCGCAACGGGAUGCUUCAUUGAGCGGAUAUCAGCCUGCCGGUCGAGGUCGCAACAUGAAAGUCCUUAGGCCUCAGAAGUCAUCUUCCAGGACUGGCUCUUUAUUCGAUACUCCGCCUUCAUCCAAGGGAAUUGGAGAAGGACGGCGUAAGAGCCAAAUCAGUGUCGGAGAGAAUGGCGCCAGUCCUGCUAAUCGCUGGGAGGCGAAGCGCGUGGUGAGCGUGGGCAGCGACUAUAAGCCGCAGUCGCAACCACUAUCGCAACCACUAUCGCAACCGCUAUCGCAGCCAGCGCCGCCUACAAGCCGCGAAGGACGUACUAAUAGUACUGGCACCAACAGCAGCUUGCCCAGGUCGGCCAACCCUGUCGGAGUUGCUUCGGCGUUCUCAUGGAUGAAACCAACAACGAAGGUCAAGACAACCGCAGGCGCAGACUGA